AUGCCUGCCACGGACCUGAAAACAGACGCUUCGCUGCAGAUGCCUUCCAUUCACCAAGUCAUUGGAACCGACCAGAACCAUUUCACUAGGACUUUGCACUGGACAGUACCCCCUGACACCAAAGAGCAAAGCGAAGAAGAAGUGCGCUGGUGGUUUAUCGAACAUACGAUGGACACCAAGCAGAUAAUCCAGGUCUACACGCCCUUUUUUAUUUCAACUGCAGAAAAGCCAGUCACCAAUCUGGUUCGCUGCGCGAUGUGGGAAGUUCGGAAACAAGUUGAAAUGGAAACAAAGAUUGUAGAGUUGAGCGAGGAGGAGGCUCGGAUAAUGUUUUUUGGGAAGAGCGUCAUCAAGCGAAAAGAAUUUGUCGAUAAAUGGUUGACGGAUGUCGGUGUGGAGGAUAUGGAUUGCGGGCAUCAUCAAUUGGGCCAGUUGCAUCUGUGGAUUUGUGAUGACACGAAGGUUAAUCCAGGAUAA